AACAAGGCAGUUAAUUGCUUUAAGGCAAUAUUGCGAUCGUGUUGGAUUAUUGUUAUUUUUCUGAAACUAUUCCAAGUUUCUGGUGCAAAUGGACAACUAAGAUAACCUCAUAUUCAAGCAAAUUAUCUCAUAAAGACCAAAUGGGAAGUCUCAAUGAAGAUGCGACGGUUGAUGUACUUGCUGGCUCGGAGAAGAAUGAAUGGUCUAUUCCAAAUUUAGUGGAAUUAGACCACAAAAAUGGAACAGUCCCGGUUCAGAGUGCUGAUGCAAUAGUCAUUGGAACGACAAGUGCUGUUAAAGACAAGAAUCAAGAAGACAUGGCGUAUGCAGAACAGGGUGAGACUAUGCAUAGCAGUUCUGGCAGUGAAAGGAAAUCGGAGUGUUAUCCAAACAUUCAGUGUGAACAAGUGCAUUCUGGUGAUGGAAGAUUGACAGCGCUUGAAAAAAAGGAGCACAUGGAAGAUAAACACACUGAGCAGGAGACGGGACAGAAAAAGAAGGAAAAGAAGGCUAAGGGUCCUAACAGGGUUUCAAGACAGAGAGAUGUUCAGAGAGACUCGCGAGAUCACGGGGCCAAGAGGAAAGAUAUACCAGUGUCCUUGCGUUCUGAGAGUAAGAAGGAGAAGGCAGAGCACCAUUUGAGAAGACAUAGAGAAUUCAUAAAAUUAGAUGAGGAAAAAUCGAGAAAGAAAAAGCACAAGCGUAAGCGCAAGGGAGAGCAGCAGAAGGAGCAUCAGAACAGGAAGUCCAAAGAGAGGCCUAAGACUGGCGUGAGGAUGGAGCAUGCUGGCAUGACCAGAGAUGUUUCCUCUUCAGAAGAGCCAGCAUCAGACCCUGAGCCUCAACACAAGCGUAAUAAAAGGGAAUUCAGAUCCACAAAGGACUUGACAAGAAUUUCUACAGAAAGAGCAAGAGAAACAGAUGCAACUGCCAGAAAAUCAACUGACAACGUCAAACUUCCAUUGAAUGUCUGUAAGACUGUGUUUGUUGCUUGGGUGUUGUUAUUAAGAAUGUCAUUUGUCCAAGCUUGCCCACCUAUGCAAAGUCCUCAGUCUGCCACAGUAGGACGCAGUCACACAUGUUUUCCGAUUUCUCAACACAAAGAUUACAAUGUUAAUGAUGGCAAUGUAACAAUUGGUGGGUGUAGCACUCUUGUUGGCCGUGGCCGUGGAUGGGUGGAUCCAGACCACAAAAACAGUUAUGUUGUUAGCUUCAAUGAUUCACAUUGCUGUGUUACCCUGAACAAUUUGCCUUGUGGGAGGGACAACAACAUUUCUUUCACAAGUACGGAUGGGACAGAUUGUAUCUAUGACAUUCUGAAAGGCCUGCCUUGCUCACCCAAUUUGAUUGAUAACAAUUCUGGUUCGCGCAAUGUGAUCAUUGCAGUCACAUUGGUUGUCAUCUUUAUGAUUAUAAUAGUUCUGUUAAUAGGAUUUCGCAAGAGAGUAGGAAAGUGGAUUCGCUGGCUUUUUGGCACUAACAGGGGAACUUAUGACAUGACAGAUCAAAAUGAAACAAGUUAG